CUGCCAUUUUAUAUAUCAUCUCAUCGCACAUUCCCAUAAACAUGGCAAAGUUAAAGCUUAUCCAUUAUUGUAUAUCUCUAUAUAAACAACCAUCUACUUAACUCAAGAAACACACAACACAAACACCAUAAGCCACAAACAAAAACAAUCAAGAAACAAUGAAAUUCAUUCCACUCUUUUGCUUCCUCUCUCUCUUGGUCUUGCUCAACACAUUGCCACUACAAGGAGCUGAACCAGAGGCAGUACUAGACAAACAAGGCAAGCGUCUAAAACCAGGAAAAGGCUACUACGUGUGGCAGUUUUGGGCCGACAACAUCGGAGGCUUAACAUUAGGCACAACAAGAAACAAAACAUGUCCACUUGACGUCAUUCGUAACCCCAAAGCAAUCGGUUCGCCAGUGUACUUCUCUGCACCAGGCCUUACAUACAUUCCAACUCAAACUGAUCUCACCGUUGAGAUUCCGAUCGUGGGGAGUCCUUGCAAGGAGUCAAAAGUGUGGAAGCUUUCAAAGGAGGGAUCUGGGUUCUGGUUUGUGAGCACUGGCGGUGUUGAUGGGGAUGUUAUUAGCAAGUUCAAGAUUGAGAAACUUGAAGGAGACAUUGAUGUUCCUAUCUAUAUCUUGAAGUUCUGUCCUUCUGUUCCUGGUGUUUUGUGUGCUCCUGUUGGAACUUUUACGGAUACUGAUGGAACUAAGGUUUUGGCUGUUGGUGAUGAUCUUGAACCUUAUUAUGUUAGGUUUCAGAGGGUUUCAGCUUUUCCUCAAGAGAUUUGAACUGUGUGUAACUCUAGUUUGACCUUGUUUUGAUUUUGUGCUUGGUAGUAAAAUGGGUUGAGUCAUAAUAAGCUACAGAAUGAGUACUUGUUUUCUGUUUUAA